AUGGACCGCCUUCAUGUUCCCAUCAUGGCGGAUUCUAUUCUCUCAUCCAUUGCUACCUUUCACACAACCAAAAUCAGUGUCACAGAUCCAACCAAGUACUCCUUUAUUGGAUCUAUUCCUGAAGCAAUGCUCGCUCGUAUCUCUACGUUGAGUAACGUUCUCCAACAAUACAUGAAGCUUCCAUCAUCAGGUCCAAGGGAGCUUACGCCAGCCAUGGUUCGCUCCAUUGAAGAGGCUGACAAGCCAGCUAAAAGGGUUAAGAAGAAUGACACUCAGAUGGAGGCACUUUCUUCCAAACCAACAAAGGGGAAAACCCCCAAGAAGCGAAAGUCUGAUAAGGCUGCUACAUCACAGGCUCAACCUAAGAAGCAGAAGAAGCCCGCUAGGAGUCUUAUCUUACAAUCUUCAAGUGAUUCAGAUUCAGAAUAUGUUCCUCCUAAACAUAGGAAUGCUCCUCCUUCAGAAUCUGAGGGUGAAAGCUUUGAUGAAGAGGCUUCGGGCCGAGGUGAUACCCCACCUCGCUCCCCUACCCCAGAAAUUCCAAUUCGCUUUUACCCUCCAUCACCUCCACCUGUAACCAUCCCGGUAUCUAUCCCUCCCAUUUUUCCCAUUCCAACCCCUCAACCAUUCACAACCAUUCCCAUCCCUACUCCUAUAUUCACAAACACUACUACUACCACUACUACCACAGGAGCUCACUCCACUGCUCCCAAUCCUCCAGUAACAACCAAACCACCUGCCACAACCAAAUCCUUAUCUCCCACUCAAUCUACAGAAACAACCCCUAUUCUAGGCGGUGAGGACCUGAAAUUUGAUUCCACUACCUCACUCUCUGUUGCAGCUAAAGCAAUUGAAGCCUCUACUUCACAGUGUCAACAAGCCUCCCUUGCUGUUGAUGCUUCUACUAAGGAGUGCAAGGAAGCGACCGCAAAAGUCUAUAAACUAGUUUCUGAAGCUCACCUGUUUCUAGAUUCCUUGCAGGCUGCUGCUAAGAAGAAUGCUCAAACCGUCAACACUUCAGUGGAGAAGCUUCAACGGUCCCUUCAGUAUGAACGUUCCAAUCUUGAAGCUACACGCCAGGCCAUUGAAGCAGCUAACGAAACUUUACAUGCUAACGUCAAUGACCGACUGACUCAACUGGAGGCUGAGUUAGCUGUAGAGAAUCGUAUCAUGGAUGAGCUAGACAGGCGCACCUCACAGUUGAAAAUGCAAAACUACAAGUUACGUACUGCUACUACUGAGGUCAACGACCUAAAGUCAGAAAGGGAGGUCAUUCGGAGUUUUGUUGCUGAUGUUCACUCCAUCCUCCUUCAUCUCCUUGAGGCUCACGAUCCUAUCAUCACCAUUACUAUCAGGCGCCAUCUGGCUGAUAAACUCAGGCCAGCAUUGGACAUCCUUAGUCGUAAUGAAGCUUCAGUCAGUAACAAGGAGAAAAAGAAGAAGAAGAUUGGUGAGGAUGAUACAGAAAAUGAGGAUGAUGUCUAUGCGAAGUAUCCUAAGAAACCCUUUCAAAAGGUAAAGUCCUCUGAAAAGGAAAUGGAAGAAAACUACAAGAAACAAAAAGCUGAGCUCGAGUAG